AUGGCUUCACUUCUUGAAAUGCAAUUUCAUGGGUUUUUCUUCAAGUACCAGACCAUGAUGACUGUGUUUGCUCCAUUUGACCAAGUCUUGAUGAACCGAGUUGGGAACUUGAGUGAGCAAUCCUCCAUCUUUCAUUGCCAUGUGGUGCCCUGCAGGCUUUUGUGGAGCGAUUUGGUGAGUUUCAAUGAUGGGACGGUGUUGAGGACUAAUCUGAUGGGGUUUACAAACAAUAUCACUCGAUCCCAAGACAUGUUGAUGCUCAAUGGUGAGUCGAUCAUUUUGCCAGAAGUGUAUCACAAUGGCUAG